AUGUAUGUCAAUCAAAGUACGCCGUCUGGAUUCAGAAUUCUGGGAUUUCCUGGACCUCCCAGCAUGCAAUACAUUUUCUUCCUCCUCCUGCUGAUAACAUACCUAUUAACUCUCCUGAGCAACUCUGUGAUCAUAACUAUUACUCUGCGAGAGAGCCGCCUGCACACCCCCAUGUACUAUUACCUGCGCAAUCUCUCUUUUCUGGAAAUCUGUUACGUCUCUGUGACUGUCCCCAAAAUCCUCAGCACCCUCAACCCACGCGGGAGAUACAUUUCAUUCUACGGCUGCAUGGCUCAGUUCCUUGUGUUCUUUUCUUUGGGGUCCACCGAAUGCCUCCUGUUCGGCAUUAUGGCCUACGACCGCUACCUGGCCAUCUGCAAACCACUACAUUACACAACCUUGAUGAGUACGACCAUGUGCCGCGGUCUUAGCAUGUGCGCGGUCAUUGGCGGCUUCCUAACCACUUCCCCCCAAAUAUUCUUACUCUUCCGACUUCCAUUCUGCGGUAGCGACAUCAACCAUUUCUUUUGUGACGCCCCGCCGCUGUUGCAGUUGUGUUGCGGAGAUACUUAUGUUAUUAAUUUGAUGGACUUCUUUAAUGCUUCCUUAGUGAUACUGACUUCAUUAACAGUGACUCUGACUUCCUAUGUGUAUAUCAUUGGCACGAUCAUUAGGAUACAGACUACCACCGGUCGAAGGAAAACCUUCUCUACCUGUUUCUCCCAUUUAAUUGUCGUAUCGGUUUAUUACAGCUCCAUUACGUUCAUGUAUAUGAGGCCGAAGCUGAGCAGUUCUUUUAGCCUAAACCGGGUUUUGGGAGUUUUUUACACAGUGAUAACGCCGGUUCUUAACCCUUUAAUUUAUUGUUUAAGAAAUACAGAGGUGAAAGAAGCCAUUAGAAAUCAACUCUUCAAGCAAACCUCAAAGAAAGUGUUACAAGAAAACUACAAAUGA